UGUGCUUGUGCUUUUACAAAGAUUUAUUUAUUAUAAACAGUUAGGGAAUUAGUCAAUGAGACAGGUUUGUUUUCGCGGUACCCUGGACAUCCUCGGCUUUUAACUAUGAUGAUGAUUAGACAAAAAAUCGAAACCGUCUAUCGGUUAGCGAGAGCAUCAGUAGUGCGUUCAUGUAGCACCGGUUCCAAAGGGUCUCGACCUGAAAGUGAUGAUGAAGACCCCGAACGGGUGAAAAAAUCAUCGGAAACAAAAUUGGUGCCGCGGGCGCAAUUCUUCGAACACAUUUCGAAAAAGGAUAAGCAGAACUAUAUCGACAUGGUUCGAAUAUUUGAAAACAAGAGUGUCCACCGGCGGAAUCACGUGGAAUUUAUAUAUGCUGCGUUGAAGCACAUGCAAGAGUUUGGCGUGCAAAAGGAUCUCGAAGUGUACAAGGCGUUGAUCAACGUGAUGCCGAAGGGUAAGUUUAUUCCAACCAACAUCUUUCAGGAAGAGUUCAUGCACUAUCCGCGACAGCAACAGUGUAUCAUUGAUUUACUGGAACAGAUGGAGGAUAACGGUGUUAUUCCGGAUUACGAAAUGGAGGCCAUGUUGAUGAACGUGUUCGGAAAGAAGGGGCAUCCGGUGCGGAAGUACUGGCGGAUGAUGUAUUGGAUGCCAAAAUUUAAAAACUUAUCGCCAUGGCCUUUGCCCAAUCCAGUACCCGAUGACUCCUUGGAACUAGCCAAACUAGCUGUGGAGCGGAUGUGUUCGGUAGAUUUAAAGUCACACAUUUCGGUGUUUGACACCGUAGAAGUUUCGGAUGCAUUGGACCAAACGUGGAUCGUAAGCGGACAAAGCUCAGAACAGUCGGAGCUGCUGGCUCGGCACAGUCAGAAACCUGUUUUCAUAGAAGGUCCAUUUCUGAUUUGGCUGCGAAAUCGAUCAAUCAAUUACUUCCUGCUGAAGAGCGAAUCGAAUGCACCACCACCGGAAAACGAUGAAGAUGUGGACGAUGUUCGUAGGAUUACCAUCCCUUUUCUCGGAAUCGGAAUGACAUACGCAACGGCUCCUGCACGCAAACUUGCUCUGAAACGUUCCGUUCAUGAGCAGGAGGACGGGACGAUUUUCGCCAUUUGCUGCACCGGUUCGUCCACCAAGGAUUCAUUGCUUUCCUGGGUUCGAUUGCUGGAAAAGCACGGCAAUCCCUGCCUGGAACACCUACCCGUGUUGUUCAAGUUUUCCUCUCCUGUUCCCGAUCAGCUUUUGAGCGUGAGCGGGGGCGAAAGUAGUGACCCCUCAUCGCAGCAAAGUAAUACUAAGCUGGAAUCGUAGUGUUCGAAUUGUUCAAUAGAGUAAUGAAAUAUGUACAUAAUUUGUAGUACAGAA